CAAAGAGUCCAGAGCCAGUCUUAUUGUUUCGUUAAAUGAAUGCGACCCAAAAGCCACCACCCUUAGCACCUUCUCUCUGGCGCUCUAUAGCCUCCAGCUCCAAAUAGGAGAAGGAUUCUCUUCUUGUCUUCCAGCUUCUUCCUGUAUCCUAAGUUGGUUUUGAUUUGACAAAAUAUCCACACAUAGCUUACCCUUUGUAAAGAACACAAAUUGAUUCUUCCUCUUAUACAUAUUACCACCACCUCCAACCAUCAAAGCUUGAAUUUUGCGGACAAUUUUCUGCUCAUAUACACAGGGUGAAACUUGUAUUGGAGGCAUAGUUUCUCCAUGGGAGAGGCCCCGGCAUUUGUUGUUGAUGAUCUGCAGAAUGGAUAUCAGAAUGGAUUUGGCUUAAAAUAUAAGGACUAUGAAACAGCCAUUACCAUCCACGAUAAGACGUAUGUGAUUGGUGGUAGUGAUGAUGAAUCUUCAUCAUCUAUUGGAGUUCGAAUUUAUGACAAAGCUACUGGGAAUUGGGAAAUUCCAACUGUGCUGGGAACAAAACCUAAACCAUGUAAAAGUCACUCAGCUGUAUCAUUGAGUGAUGAUCGAAUUUUGAUCAUUAAGAAGGGAUCCUCACCAGAUGACUGCAUUUGGUUUCUUGAGGUGGACACUCAAUAUGUUAGGGAGCAGAAAAAAAAUUUGGGGACACAGCUUGUGGCCUGGAGUAAGGGGGUGAGGGGCAAUGUUGAUAAGCCAGUUGUCAUAAGUGGUCCUUCAGGUGUAGGUAAGGGAACAUUAAUAUCAAUGCUCAUGAGGGAAUUCCCAUCCAUGUUUGGAUUUUCCGUAAGCCACACGACACGUGCUCCAAGGGCCAUGGAGAAAGAUGGAGUGCACUACCAUUUCACUGAGAGAAGUGUUAUGGAGAAGGAUAUAAAAGAUGGGAAAUUUCUCGAGUUUGCUUCUGUUCAUGGAAAUCUCUAUGGAACCAGUAUUGAAGCUGUUGAGGCAGUGGCAGAUGCAGGGAAGAGAUGUAUUCUUGACAUUGAUGUUCAAGGGGCGAGAUCUGUGAGAGCUAGCUCUUUGGAAGCAAUUUUCAUCUUCAUCUGUCCACCCUCAAUGGAGGAGCUUGAGAAGAGACUUCGUGCAAGGGGGACUGAGUUGGAGGAGCAGAUCCUUAAGCGACUUCGAAAUUCAGAGGCAGAGGUGGAACAAGGAAAUUCAUCAGGCAUCUUUGAUCACAUUUUGUAUAACGAUAAACUUGAAGAGUGCUAUGAGAACCUCAAGAAACUCUUGGGGCUUGAUGGAAAUACAGUAGCCACCCAGAAAUCAUCAUCUGAAGGGCUUAAUCUGCCUUGGGACCAUUCAGUAUCCAAGACUGAUAAUAAGAUCAUCAUAAAUUGUGGAACUCCAGAACUAGAGAAAGCAUCAAAAAGCUUGAUUGUUUUGGAUGUAUCCUCACUCAAGGGAGGGGCACCUGGACGGACAAGAGGGCUUGACGUGUAUGCCAUUGACUCAUUUUCAGAUGGAUUGAAUGGGAUCGACUCAUUUUCAGAUGGAUUGAAUGGGAUCUAUCAGCCUAGCUAAAAACUUGAGCCCUCCCUCAUUGAUUCUAACUUGGUUUCUCAAGUUCAUAAUUUUCUUCAAUCUUUGCUUAUAUAACUAAGAAAGGGAAAGGUGACAAAAAGCUCUAGAUUGGACUUGGCGUAAUAAUCGCAUAUCUUGUUUCUGGGUUCUUGUUGUUUCUAUUUUUUCAAUCAUUCUUUGCCUCUUUUUAGAAAAAAGGAGAUGACUUGGAUUAGCAUUUGAACAAAUGUCAUUUGUCUUACUGAGCAUUGAGAGAUGAUUUAUAAUUUGUGCGGCAAAAUAAAGUGAUCAUCGGUCAGCUUCCAUGUGUUUA